CAAUGUUUGGGUCCUCUGAUCUGCGGUAUGGAGGAGCUGAGCUGCAGAAGUUAGCCCAGACAGUAAAAAUAUAGGCGUAAAAGUUAAACUGGCAUACAUUAAGAUUAAUGUGACCUACAGAAGGAAAGAAAAAAAGCUAGUUUUUCUGCAGCCAUGACUGUAGUGAUCGGCUUUGAGGGCAGUGCCAAUAAGAUCGGAAUAGGCAUCAUCCGGGAUGGUGAAGUGCUUUCCAACCCCAGACGGACCUACAUUACACCUCCUGGUCAAGGGUUCAUGCCAAGUGACACAGCCAGGCACCACCGUGCUGUUAUACUAACUGUCCUGAAGGAGGCUCUUGAGCAAGCGGGGCUGAAACCUGCAGACAUUGACUGUGUGGCAUACACCAAAGGUCCUGGUAUGGGAGCACCCUUGGUGACAGUGGCUCUAGUGGCACGUACAGUUGCGCAGCUUUGGAGGAAGCCGCUCCUCGGUGUGAACCACUGUAUCGGACACAUAGAGAUGGGCCGACUUAUCACCAAAGCCAACAACCCCACCGUGCUUUAUGUUAGCGGGGGCAACACGCAGGUUAUUGCGUACUCAGAGCGGCGGUACCGAAUAUUCGGUGAGACCAUCGAUAUUGCAGUCGGCAACUGUUUAGACCGGUUUGCCAGAGUUAUUAAGAUUUCCAAUGACCCAAGUCCAGGCUACAAUAUAGAGCAGAUGGCCAAAAAAGGGAGUCACUACGUGGAGCUGCCGUAUACAGUAAAAGGAAUGGAUGUGUCCUUUUCUGGCAUUUUGUCCUAUAUUGAAGAAGCUGCUCAUAAGAUGCUGAGCUCUGGUCAGUGUACAGCAGAGGACCUGUGUUUCUCACUUCAGGAGACGCUGUUCUCCAUGCUGGUGGAGAUUACAGAGAGGGCCAUGGCUCACUGCAGCUCACAGGAAGUGCUUAUUGUCGGGGGCGUUGGCUGUAACCUGCGUCUGCAGGAGAUGAUGGGGGUGAUGUGUAAGGAGAGAGGAGCCAAGCUGUUUGCCACAGAUGAACGAUUCUGCAUCGACAACGGAGCGAUGAUCGCUCAGGCUGGCUGGGAGAUGUUUCGGUCCGGUCAGGUGACGGAGCUGGAAGACUCAUGGAUCACACAAAGGUAUAGAACAGAUGAAGUGGAGGUGACAUGGAGAGACUGAGCAACACCAUAAUUAUGAAUAUAUUGUUGCACCAGGUGUGUCAUGAAACACUGGGUGUAGUACACCUGGCCUCUAAGGAACACUGGAUCCUUCAGUACAUCCAAAACCCGAUCGCUCAUCCAGAUGUGCCAUGGAGCCACAUCAAUGGAAAACUAUUCAAACACAUCCAAGAGUCACACUGUUGUAACACAGUCCUCCAGGUUCAAACAGCCUGCAGAUUAUUUUCCAUUCAGUUACUCAUAUGUUGUCUUGCUGCCAUAAAUGCUCAGACUGUAUUAAUCACAGUUGUAAUUAUUCCCUGGCAUGUUUACUUAUCCUUGACAAUUAUUUGUUUAAAACUAGUGUCCAGUCUUCAGAAGGGCAGCUCCACUGUGACAAAGAUAAAUGCACUGGUUAAGGUCUUAAUGUGUCAACAGUUAAAAUAUUCUAAAAACAUCACCAACCAGUGACACAGCAUGAAGGGUUCCCUGGACAGACCACCAAUAUUAAAGAAGCUGAUUUCAGCUUUUUAGUGGCUGACAGUAACAUUUCAGCAGCUGACACAGCUGGGUGAAGAGGUCAGUACUGGAUUGGGUGAACGAGAAACUUUUUAUUACCAAAGGUUUUCAUUUUCUUAAGGCUGAGCUUUUUAGCUCAGACUUAAGACCCUGAAAGUAAAAACUUUUAGGUUUUGAAGAUGCCCCAGUAUCUAAAUCUGUUGCCAGGCUUGAUACCAUUUAGCUGUAAAACUACUUCCCCACACCCCAUAUAUAAUCCAUUGUUGCACAUUUACUGCCUAUUGUCCUGUUAAAACAUGAAAAUUUUCAUGGGAAUGAUUUUAUAUUUUUACACUGCGAGGCCACCAGCAGUAAAUGAAAAUUUGUGUUGAAAUAAAGCUGAUUAAGACAGA